AUGAAAAAAAGUGAAAUCGGGAAUGUCGGAGCUUCAGUUUUUGUGUAAAUUUUUCUUGCUUAAGUUACGCCUAAAAAUUUGUUAAAAAACAUUAUUAAGUGUCAGUAUACAUCAAAUUUUAAUACAUUCAAGAGAUGAAAACUGCAUUUGACGAAAAUUAAUUGUAUCUAUUAAGGAAUCGCACAUCCAAAUCAACGUUGUAAAAAUUAAAAUUUUUGUGAAGAAAAAAAAAAGAAGAAAAAAUCUCAAAUGACUGCUCAUUAACAAAUUUAUUCACACGAUUCAUAUUCAAGAGUAAAAAAGAAAGUAUUGUUGAAAGACACAAAAGAAAAAGUUUUUUGAGCACAAGUGUGUGAUUAAUCUGUGACUAAUAUACAUUUCAAUAAAUAUAAAACUCAAUUUGUAAACUAAAACGCCGCUGCAAUGGUAGACAGAUUAGUUAAUAGUGAGGCAAAUGCUAGAAGGAUAUCAAUGGUGGAAAAUUGUUUUGGAACGUCCGGACAACCAUUAGCUAUUCCUGGUCGAGUUCUUGUAGGAGAAGGGGUACUCACAAAAAUGUGUCGCAAAAGACCUAAAAGUCGCCAAUUUUUUUUAUUCAAUGAUAUUUUGGUAUAUGGGAAUAUUGUAAUUGGAAAGAAAAAAUAUAAUAAGCAACAUAUUAUACCCCUUGAAGAAGUUCAACUAGAAGCUUUGGAAGAUAAUGGUCAGUAUAGAAAUGGUUGGUUAAUACGAACAACAACCAAAUCAUUUGCAGUGUAUGCAGCUACCAGUACUGAAAAGCAGGAAUGGAUGGCGCAUAUCAGUAAAUGCAUUGAAGAUUUAUUGAGAAAGAGUGGUAAAAAACCAGUUGAAAAUCACGCUGCAGUUUGGGUACCCGAUAACGAAGCAACUGUUUGUAUGCAUUGUAAAAAAACUCAAUUUACUAUGUUAAAUCGUCGUCAUCACUGUCGGAAUUGUGGUGCAGUAGUUUGUGGACCAUGUUCAUCUAAAAAAUAUUUAUUACCACAACAAAGCAAUAAGCCAGUUCGCGUCUGUUUGGGUUGUUUUGACCAAUUGAAUAAGCAUAAAAUGGACCAAACAAAUAAAACUACAAUGAAUGCAACUCAAGCAAAUAAUAAUAGUACUGUAAACAAAACUGGUGGUGAUAGCGUCGAUAUAAUUAACAAAAGCAUUUCUGGUGGUGGUAACGAAAGCUCACCAGAUGAUGACUCUGACGAUGAAGGUGAAGAUACUAAACAAACUUAUGAUGAGCCAAAAUUUUAUGGUGACGGUGAAAAACUAGAUGAUUCACGUGAUAUAAAAUGAUAUAAAAAGUUUAUAGUUCCAACUUUAGUAAAAACAGUUGCUACAUCAUCUUUAACAGAAAAUCCAACUACAUCAUCCUCAAAAAUAAUAGCAACAGUAGAUGUGACAAAGCAUAAAAAGCAUUUUUUUAUGUUUAAAAAACGUAAGGAAUACGAAAAAAAAUCAUGUGCAAAAAGCGGAUUAUUCAGAUAAUAUAUAUUUUAAGCAUAAAUAUAAUAUAUAUAUAAAUCAUUUCAUAUUUUCAAUAUUAUUAAACAAUUAAUAAUUGAAUAGUUUUUGAUGAAAAAGUAAAGUUUAUAAAUUUUUGAAAAUUUUUAACAAAAUCUUUUCUUGAUUUCUGUUUUUUUUCUUGUGGGAAAUUAUUUAAUUAUUUUUUGUUUUAUUCGAAUACGUUUAGAUAUUUUAAUUUAAUUUCUAUUUUUUUUAUUUACUGUUGUAUAAAUACUACAAAAAUUUAAGACACAAUUUUAAUCAAAAUAUUUACAUUUUAUUAAUAAAGUUUAUUUUUUCAGUUAAAUGGUCUGAAGUACAUUAUUAAUUUGUUUUUGUUUAUGUAUUUAUUAAAAAUUUUUAAAAUUACUUUUAGAAGACACUGAUAAUAUGGAAUAUGUAUACUUUGAGCUUCAUCUUCUUAUCUCAGUUUUUUAAUUCAUUUUGUAAAAUAUUUUUUGAGUUCAAUGAAUAACUUUUUGGUUGACUUAUUUAAAUAAUAAUUUAAAUUUGAUUUGUUGUUAAGAAUUAAGAAAUUUUUCUUUCUAAAUAAUUUUUGAAUUUAUUACACCCUGGGAGAAUGAAUAGAGCUAUUAAUUAUUAAGAAACUAGGAUUGAUUGAGAGUUGUAAUUUUUGUAUGAAAUAUUUUUUUUAUUGUAAAUAAGAUAUUUUCGUAACAUAGAUUGAACCAAAACUUGAUUAUUUAUAAUUAAGGAAAAUGAAUAAGACUUUUAUCAACAAAAAUUUUGUUUAGAACAAAUAUAUUUGAAAAUACUAAUUUAUUAGAUUACAUUUUUUAGUUAAAUUUAUUAAAGAUUAUAAUAGCGAUAGUGUGUACUAUGAAUUUUUUGAUUCUAAACGUAGAGUCUUUUGCAAA